GAAGACGAACGCCGAGUCUUAUUCGACGAGCGUGCGAGCGAACAAUACGUUCAUCCCAAGCUUCAUCUUGUCCUUGGACUGAAGUUUCUUCGCCCCCAAAGGAAAAACCCUUACCCAGAUCGAACCAUCCAAGGGGACGUCGGACACCAGCUGCCAUGUCGGUGUCAAAUUGCCGGCGGCGUCGCGACCCCGGCCGUUUGUCCGUCGCACGCCACGCCGUGGUCAGCGUGGUGGGGGGACCCGCGGUGAUCCUGGUGGUCAUCAUGGCCCCCACCAUGCUCACCUCAAGCUGCCUGCUUUUUCUUCUCCCUCCAUUGGCUCUCGCUAGCGAAAAAUGCGAGGAAAGGGUUAAUAUCAGCUUCAGUUCUCCGCAUUACCUCGUCUUUGAAUUCGAGUCGUCACCACAUCCCGAUCCCCAUGGCCUGGAGAACCUCUACGCCCUAUCGGGCUUCUUCACGUCAGUCGUCGCCCCGUCCGGGGUUCCUCAAGCGCUGCUCGAGAGUGACAUAGUGGAAGACCCUAAAAAGCACAUCAAGGACAACCUGGCUAGGAUCAUCAAGAACUUUCCUCGGCUCUUCACCCUGGCUGGCGUCGGACUAUUUCUCGCCUUCAUUGUUCCCGCCCUGGCCUCCAUCGCGUUCUGCUGCCGCUGCCACUGCUGGUGCUUUGCCAGCGUAUGCUGCGGCCGUUGCGUCCCGCCUGAGGGGCCUCCCGAUCAGCCGCUCAGACGAAAUUUCUGCGGUCUCGUGCUGUUCCUCGUCAUCGUCGUCAUGCUGUCCGCCCUGUUCUGCGCUUUAGUGACCAACUUCUACGUCUCCUUGGGACUCAACGGCCUCGUGCCACAAGCCAACCACACCAUCAGUGACGUGAAAACCUUGUACCAGAAGACCAAGCGCGAGGUGGACUUCGUUUUGGUGCGGAAUUACAACGAAUUCAAGGCAGACAUGUUCCUGAAACUAGAAUCCUGCGUCAAAGCCACCGAGGACGACUUCGCGGACAUAUUUGGAGACACGCCGUUUGCGGGCAUAUCCGAAGUGGCUGAUCGUCUCGGGAACGCCACGGCGACGCUGAGGACUGUGGGAGGCCACGUGACGGAUCUGAACACUCUGGUGUCCGGCAUGCACGCGCUGGAGACUCGAAUCCGUGGCCACCUGGGAUCGGCAUUUGCGAAGUGCAACACAACCCCGACCAACCUUCCGCUCACCGACUGCAUGAAGGUCAAGAGCGUCGAGAAUGUCAUCGUGUCGGGCGCCCCGCGGGGACGGGACUGGAUCUCUCCAGACGGACUGGCCGCAGCCGAGGGUGAGCUUAGCAACCCGACAAUCAAGAACUAUCGGACCACACUGACGACGUUCACCCAAAAGCUCCCACGAAAGGCGACGUAUCUGGCGGAGCUGAACCGAUCCGUGGACGAAAUCCGGUACAUCGUGGAAACGGUAGGCGGGAACCUGGAACAGAUCAGCGGACGCUUCAACUUGCCCUGGGGCCGACACCCGGACACCCUGAUCAAGUACAGGGGCAAGCUCGAGAACCUGCUGGCGGAACUGGACGAGCCGCUUCGCCGGUACCUGCUCGCCGCGUACGCCCUGCUGGCCGUCCUGGCUUGUCCGGUGAUGGUCUUCUUGGUGGGGCUCUGCUGCGGAUGCUGUUGCGCCCCGACGAACGGGUGCUGCGGGCGCGGCUGUUGCGGUGGCUGCUGCCUCUCGUGCGCCGCCUACUUCUUGGCCAUCGCCUUCGGCGUCUCCAUGACGGCGGCGGUGCCCGCCAUGUUCGCCGGGCACGCCACCCAGGGUUCCACGUGCGAUGUCUUUGAGGAUCUGGGAGGACCGAAGUCGCGGAGCCUCGUUCAGUUUGUGCUGGCCGAACUGCGCAAGCGCAAUAUUGGCGCCACGCGUCGCUCCCGCGUCGGCACCCGCCAGCCUCUGGAUCACGUGAGCACGGAGACGAUGAUGGACAUCGCCAAACGCUUCAGCCAGUGCGGCGAGACUCCGUACAGCCUGUUCAGGCUCUUGGGCGAAGAGCUGGUGCGCAACAUCACCCGUAGCAUGGGCAAGCCCUGGAACCUCACCUGGAUCGUGGACGGCGGUGGUCCAAUCAACUUCAGGGCGGAGCUGGACAAGUUCAGCGUCGUGCCUGAGGCCGCCAUGACUAUGCCUCCGCUGGAUCCGCUAACUGCCGGGCUGAAGGAUUUGCGCGCUCUUAACUUCAGCAUGCUGGACGUCCCUGAUUACCAAAGACAGGCCAAGAAUCGGCCGCUCAUGUACGACUUGUCAGCAGUGACCGACCAGGUGCAAGCCCUGACCGUUGACGGAAGGCUAAUCUCACUGCGCACGGAGUUGGACCUAGGCCUUUCGGAACUUAGACAGCUGGUAAUGAUCUACACCACUUUUCAAGAAAAAGUCACUGAGCUGCUAACGGAGCUGGACAAGGUGGAACAUCUCUUAACGAUCAACGGGAGUCGUUUCGGGGACUACACAGCAGACAAGAUACGGGAGUCCGUGAAUAAUGCCGCCAAAGUGACCGUGAACGUCCAUAAACUGCACGGCCUGUCCAGCAGCCACACGACGAUGCUCGCGAAAACCGUGGACUUCUAUCUGGACCACGUCAGGGAACAGGUCAGGGAGAACAUCGGGGACUGCAGGCCGGCGUACGGAAUGUACAAGGGCAUCGUGAAUUCCGUCUGCACCGAUCUCGUGCUGCCCUUUAACGGCUUCUGGUUGAGCGUCGUGACCUUCCUCUUGGUCGGAAUCUUCGCAAUGGUCACAGCUCUGUGCCUGUCGUCGUUGUAUUCGGCGACGGGAGUCGAGGAAGUUUCGGUGAAUACCGUUGAAGCCUGGCCCGCUGAGCUGGGCACGAUCGUAGCUCCCUCGUCGCCACCGGAUGUCGAGGAGCCGCUGCCAAAGGAAGAAAGCGAGAUGGAAGAGACUCCGCCCUUCAUUACGAAAGCAACGCAGACGCUGCCAAAACAGACUGCGCUUGGUGACUCUGCUUCCAACAGCGAAGAGAGUCCGCCCUCGGCUUCGAAAGCAACGCAGCCAGUGCCGCUCAAACAGACUUCAGUUGGCGAGCCGACCUCAAAUGAUGGAGACCUCUCUGCAGUCACUACCAAGCAAACGAAGGCCCUGAGAUAG